AUGAAGCUUUUCCCAUUCAGGACAUCUCUGCUGACUCUGGCUCGACAAUUCAUCUCCGGUUGGAUUGCACGAUUUGGUAUACCAUCCAUUGUGACAACUGAUCAAGGUCGACAAUUCCAUUCCCACUUUUUCGCCUCUCUGACAUCUAUGCUUGGAAUACGCCGAAUUCGCACUUCGUCAUACCAUCCUUCCGCCAACGGCAUAGUGGAACGUUUCCACCGCGACUUAAAAGCAGGUCUAAAUUGCCAUAAUGACCACCCGUGGACUACAUCACUCCCUCGUGUGCCUCUUGGUUUACGUUCUUCCUUCAAGCAAGACCUCGCAUGUACAUCCGCUGAACUUGUCUACGGCACAGCCCUUCAAUUACCAUCUGAGUUCUUUCAGCCAUCCUCUGCUCCAGUCUAUCCAGCAUCCUUUUUCCAGACUUUCCGAGAGGCGAUGAAGAAGCUGUCUCCGACUCCUACAUCAUGCCACAACAAAUCCUCCCCAUUUGUACACCAUGCACUAAGCACUUGCACUCACGUGUGUGUGCGAAACGAUGCGGAAAAAUCACCACUCACUCCUCCAUACGAUAGACCCUUCAAGGUCUGUGCACGUAACAAUAAACAUUUUACUGUUGUCGUGCGCGACAAGGAAACCGUUCUGGGAAUAGACCGACUGAAGCCUUUUUUCUUCGAAGCUUCAAACACUCAGGUUCCUGUGACCAGCAAUCCUCCUGCUUCCCCGGACCCAACUGUUUCUCCCAGAUGCUCUUCCUUCGAUCGACCUUACGCUUCCUCCCAGUGCUCCACCAGUUGUCACACGAUCGGGAAGACGUGUGCGCUUCAACACCAG